UAAUUCUGCAUGCACUACAUGUAAACAAUGAGGAGGCAAAAAUGUUACUGAAGCCCGACAAAACUAUUAUCACUGAACCACACCAUAUCUAGCCUUCUCUCACAGAUGAUCAAUGGAUGAAGGUUGAGGUUGCAUUGAGAGAUCUUAUACAAUCAGAUUAUGCCAAGAAGAAUAAUGUGAUUACUUCAGCUCUUACCCAAUCUGAGAUUCGUGACAUAAUACUAGGAGCUGAGAACAGAGGCAACAGACAGCAGAGAUUGAGAAGCAGGCAAAAGAAGCAAGCCAGCUUACAGCUGUCACAACAAGGACAACAAAUGUGCAUGGUGAUGAACUUAUUGUCACCACCACAAGUCCAUAUGAGCAACAGGCUUUUGGGUCCAAAAAUGAUUGGCGUGUGAGAGCAAACUCAGCCACAAAUCUUUAUCUCCGAGUCAAUCAUAUUUAUGUGAAUUCGGAGGACAUCAAGGAAACGGGAUACGCAUACAUCAUGCCAAAAAAUAUCUUGAAGAAGUUUAUCUGUAUAGCAGAUUUGCGUACUCAAAUUGCAGGGUACCUAU